AUGACUUCAGGCUGGAAUCUCCAAGAAGAUAAAGGCCCGCUCAUUCUUGUCGUCAUUUGGACUAUCACUCCUCUUGCAGCCUUCUUGGUUGCUACAAGGCUCUACGUCAGAGCCGCGAUUAUACGGAAAGUCGAACUUGACGAUUGGUUGAUUUUGCUAUCCAUGAUUUUGAGCCUUACCUAUGUCGUACUCGUUACAGUCAGCGUGGGCUAUGGAUUUGGAAAGCAUCAAGACACAUUGACACCGGACCAAAUUCGUGGUGCAAGACUCAACGCCCAAAUCGGCUCUUUAUUUGCCAUUCUUGCAAUUGCAAUUCCAAAGCUUUCUGUGGCUGCUAUGCUCAACAGGAUCCUAGUUCCGACGCCCUUUCACCGCAACGUGGUGUGGUUCCUGGGCGGAUUUGUGACGGUGUCUUCCUGCAUAGGCAUUCCAGUCCUCAUGACCAUUUGCAAUCCUCACCAGGCGACAUGGGAUAAGAGAAUCAAGAAUGCCAAGUGUAGGAAUUCUGUAUCAUCAACCAACUAUUUGCUUUUUACUGGAGCGGUAUCUGCGUUUGCGGACUUGUAUUUUGCGGUAUACGCAGUUAUUGUGUGUUGGAAGCUCAGGGUAUCGCGCUUGAAGAAGAUUGCAGUUAGCGUUGCGCUGGGGCUUGGUACCAUUGCUUGUGUAGUGGCAAUUAUCAAAUGCGUGCAGCUGCCGACAUUGAAGAAGAGACAUGACACUACUUAUAGGAGUAGUGAUUUGAUCUUCUGGUCUAAACUCGAGGCAGACACGAUUAUUAUAGCUGCUUGCAUCCCAACUUUUAAACCGCUUUUUCGAUUGUUCCGCAAAAGUAAAACACCCGCAGUAACUGGAGGUUACUUUUUCAGCCCUGCCGACCACGCCGAUUGUGGAAUCUGGGGAGCUAAUUCGACGGCUGAUAGUCUACGAGGGAAGAACCUGACGGCUACUCAUACAACCAACACAAGUAUCCCAGACGAAGACCUGACUCUCUCGUUACCCUCCGACCGCAAAGGUGAUCAGACACCGUCUAUAAAAAGUGAUAUCCCGGAGGAAGUCGCACUACAAUCAUUAGGAUUUCAGCAGCCUAUCACAAACCCCGACGCUUCCUCUCCAGUCUGA